GAAGCAGAAGAGCCGGAGAGCCGGGCUUGGUGCGGCCAUGCCGGGGAUCCCUGGCGAAGGGCGAUGCGUGGUCUGCGGGCGAGAGGGGCGCCAGGCCGCGAAGUACCGCUGUCCGGGCUGCCGGGAGAGAUAUUGUUCAGUGCCCUGUUACAAGAAGCAUAAAGAAGAGUGCGCUUCCGGAGCGGAUCCAGCCACGCGGCCUGCAGAUUCAGAUGCUUCCUGCUCCAUUCAGAGGGAGAAAUCACAGAGAGCUGAAGGCGGUCCUUGGUCUGUGGAUGACAUUUUGACCGAAGAUGAUGAAGACGAUAGGGUGCCUCUUCAGAAACUUCAGCUAUUGAAGGACUCGGAAGAGCUCCAAGCCAUCCUUUCGAAUCCUCACCUCCGGACGCUGCUGCUUACCAUCGACCAAGCCAAAGAUAAGAGUGCUCUCAUGAAAAAAUACAUGCAGGAACCUGUCUUCGUGGAGUUUGCAGAUUGUUGCCUGAGGACUGUCGAGCCGGAAGUGAAGAACGAAAUUCCAGAGUGAAUGUCUAGGAGUCAAAUAGAGGUUUUUCCAGCCCAGGAAAGUGGCUAGCAAAUUUGGAAAUGCUUUCUCUUAUUCACUUGCUGUUGGAAUCUCUUGGGACAGAAUGAGCUACGUUGCUCCCAAGAACGGUUGAUCCAAGCAGGGUGGGUGGGUAGGGGAGGGUCAUUUUCACAAGCUGAAUUAUUAUUAUUAUUUUGAACCACCAAAUUUUUGCCAGUUUCAGAGUGGCAAUUCUUCUGAUUUUGAAAGGGAGAAAAAUGCUUUUAUUAAAUAAAUUCUUUAAUAAAGUCUAACCUCCUUUUCACA